GCCCCACCCGGCUGUGGUCCGAGCCCGGCCACCCUUGCAGGUCAGGUGCCCCGUGCCCGGCGCCCCGCGCCCUGCCUGGCCCCCUGCGCUCAACGCCCCGCCUGGCCCCGACUAUACCGCCUCGCCCCAGUGUGCCCGGACCCGACACCCUGCCUUGUCGCCUUCUUUUCCCUCGCAGGACCGGAAAGAGCAGCCCCGGGGGCCGGGCGAGGGCCUGCACACCCCUGGAAAGGAGCCGGUGUGAUCCUCGCAGGCAGAGAUGGGGAAAAAACUGGAUCUUUCCAAGCUCACGGACGACGAGGCCAAGCACAUCUGGGAAGUGGUUCGGCGGGACUUUGAUCUGAGAAGGAAAGAAGAGGAAAGGCUGGGGGGAUUGAAGGACAGGAUUAAGAAAGAGAGCUCCCAGAGGGAGCUGCUCUCGGAUGCGGCCCACCUGAAUGAGACCCACUGCGCCCGCUGCCUGCAGCCCUACCGGCUCCUCGUGGCCCCCAAGAGGCAAUGCCUGGACUGUCACCUCUUCACCUGCCAAGACUGUAGCCACGCCCACCCGGAGGAGGAGGGCUGGCUCUGUGACCCCUGCCACCUGGCCAGGGUUGUGAAGAUGGGCUCGCUGGAGUGGUACUACGGGCACCUGAGAGCCCGCUUCAAGCGGUUCGGGAGUGCCAAAGUGAUCCGGUCCCUGUGCGGGCGGCUGCAGGGUGGAGGUUUGCCUGACAGGGCACGUGACUCACCUGACCUCCACAGUGGGCCUGAGCCAAGCCCUGGAGAGGGAAGUGGAGACAGUGAGCGGACAGAAGAGGAUGGAGAACUGGACACAGUGGCCCAGGCCCAACCCCUUGGGAGCAAAAAAAAGCGCCUCUCCAUUCACGGCUUGGACUUUGAGGCAGACUCUGAUGGCUCGACUCAGUCCUGCGGUCACCCCCCGUAUCUGUCCCCGGUCCCGAUGGCCACAGACAGCCUGCAGGCCCUCACAGGUGAACCCCGUGCCAAGGACACCUCCCAGGAGGCCGUGGUCCCGGAAGAGACCGAUGGCAGUGCCCCUGGACGCCACCCUCAUCCAGAAGAGCAGACAGACAGCCUCUCAGCUGCCAGACAGGACACCCUCACUGAGCCCCGCUUCCCCAGACAGUCCUGCACGACAGCCCUGGGGUUGGCUGUCACACCCGGUCCGGGCGUCAUCAGCAGUGAGCGGCUCUCCUCCCGGUACCCGGCUGAUGAAGGCACCUCCGAUGACGAGGACACCAGGGCUGAUGGUUUGGCCUCCCAGAGCCUCACGUGGAGGGACUGCGCCCCGGCUGAGAGCCAGCAUCUCACCGGCCACCAGCCCACAGACGCCGACAGAGAAGAAGAGACCCUAAAGAGGAAGCUGGAGGAGAUGACCAGCCACAUCAGUGACCAGGGGGCCUCGUCCGAGGAGGAGGGGAGCAAGGAGGAAGAGGCAGGACUGAACAGGAAAACCUCCAUCGAGGACCUCCCCGGGGCAGCCCCAGAGGUGCUCGUGGCUGCAGGCCAAACAUCCAGACAGCAAACAAGCCCCCGGGGUCCUCAGGAACUCAUGCAGCCUGGCAGAACCACGGACCAGGAGCUGCUGGAGCUGGAAGACAGAGUGGCUGUGACGGCCUCCGAGGUUCAGCAGGUGGAGAGUGAGGUUUCUAACAUCAAGUCCAAGAUUGCCGCCUUGCAGGCUGCCGGGCUCUCGGUGAGACCCUCGGGAAGGCCCCAGCGGAGGUCCAACCUCCCGAUAUUUCUUCCCCGACUCGUUGGGAGAUUGGGCCAGACUCCUAAGGAUCCAAACGCAGAGCCUUCGGAUGAGGUCAAGGUGAUGACUGCACCCUACCUUCUGAGAAGGAAGUUCAGUAAUCCCCCAAAAAGUCAAGAUAAGGCUGGCGACUCCUUUGACCGGCAGUCAGCGUACCGCGGAUCCCUGACGCAGAGAAACCCCAACAGCAGGAAGGGAGUGGCCAACCACAGCUUCGCAAAACCCGUGAUGACCCAGCGGCCCUGAAGGGGGGUUGUCAGAAGAGGACGGAGCGACCCCGGAGCCCCGGCUUUCCCUCCACCUCAGCCGUCACGUUCCUCCGCCUGCCGUGUACUUUGUGCUGCGCUCAGUCCAGCGGAGAGACGCGACGGAACAGCGUCCAUAAUGGAACCCCACCUGCGAGGGGACUGCCGUCGUCAGACCUUCAGCUAUUCGCCCACGUUCCCUGACGCCCUCCGACACCACCCCUGCCGGCCUGCUCUGAUCCGUGAGAAACAUCUAAGCUGACACUCUUUCCUUUAGGACCGCGUUCAACUUUUUGAAGGACACAAAGUAGAACGUUCUCAGUGUCAUCUUCCAGCCCUUUCCCUGCUGGCUGGGACAGUAAAGGGCUGGCUCCGUGUAGCACCUGCUAUGUGUGUGCCCCACACCGUACCGGAGCACGAGCAGGUGUGUGUGUGCGGGUGUGUGUGCGCGCGUGCGCAGUCAGACAAGGAAAUUGGGCGUCAAGGCAAGUGACUGAACUCGUGGCCAGCUGACAGAGAGGGAUUGAUCCCCGCCCCCCGCCCCUCACACCUAUUCUGCAAGUUCAUCUGUGGCUCACAGACCAGGAGAAAUUCCGCUGGGGUCAAGGGCAGAGCAAGCACGUGGUAGCUGGUGAGCAUCUGAUCGAUGUCCAAGUGCAGGUACAGAGGACCUGCUGGAGAGGUGGACGCUGGGGCUCUAGACAGGCAGGACGGCGGGUUCCAGCCGGCACUGCCACUCCUGCGCUGGCAUCCAGUGGGACAGGGGAGCAGGACCGCUUAGUGAUGCCUGCUGCCCACCUGUCGUCAGUCUUGUAGGUGAGCUCCAAGUGCUCCUCCACCAGGACAGCCUGGGACUCGGGCUUACUUCUGGGCAUCUGUGUGGCUUAUCCAGCUUUAAGGGGAGCCCACUGGGACCCUCAGGGCUGCCUUGGAACAUAGUAAUGGUGAUGGCACACCCCCCCCCCCCAACUGAGCAUCAUUACAUGCUUCCCAGAGACUCUUUACUCCUUGGGUUAAAUUUAAGCCCAUUUUUUUAGGUUUAUUUAUUUUGUGAGAAAGAGAGAGAACAUGAGUUGGGGAGGGGCAGAGAGAGUGAGAGAGAAUCCCAAGCAGGCUCCACGCUGUUAUCGCAAGGCCCCACGUGGAGCUCGAUCCCACCAACUGUGCGAUCGUGACCUGAGCUGACAUCCAGAGUUGGACACUUAACCGACCGGGCCACCCAGGCGCCCCGCCUUUAAGCCCAUUUUGCAGAAGGGGACACUGAGCCCUGUGUGUGAGGCAGCCUGCCCUGGGAGCUAGAGGCUACCACGUGAUGCUUUCUAAGGUGACUUUGGGCCAGCUUGAACUUUUCUCUCUUAAACCUCUCGGGGACGGAAGGGAACGAAAGGCAGGUGGAGAACAGAGGGGAGCGGGCGAGCCUGUCUUCUGACCUGACGGGGGUCAGAGUCCCACCCCCACCCACUGCCAUGCGGACUCUGGACCACUAGCUCUGUGUUUCCACUGAGCCCAAAGGCGGCGGCCGCAGAGCUCACGCCGUCCCCAGGCCCGCCCGCGGGUUUCAGAAAUCAGUUUGAACGACUGGGCUUCAGGUUAUGCUGGGGUCUGUACAAAAGACAGACGUGAGGCCCCUUCUCUGGAUGGAAGCUGGUGCAAAUACGUAGGUUCUAAUUCAGUGCUAAAAACGAUUAAAAGCUUCCUACAAAUGAAAGGAGAUCAAUGGUGGGGGGGGGGGGGUAACACCUCUCCUUAUCCACAAAGUAAAUCAAAGUCAACAUGAGUUCCUAGGAGUUAGAGAAGAGACGGUCUGCCGGCCGUGUGUCCCCGAGUGUUCAUGUAAUAGGGACAACGGGUCCCAGGUACUACUUGUUCCUACCGGAGGGCUUUAUUAGCCACGUUCGUUCCCCCACUGCCGACUCGAGCGCCAUCAGAGCGAGAGCACGUACUCAUUCACUCAUUCACUCAGCGGCACCACAGAGGCCCGGUGACCUGUGCUGACCUGGCGGGCGUCCUCCCAGCCCCCAGCACCGGUCCCUCCACCCCUCCAAAGCUCCUCUCCAACCCCCAUCAAGCCCCACGGCUCUGCGCACCUGUGGGUUGGAAGUGCAGCCAAUUCCACACUGGAGACCAGCCACCCCCUCCUCCAGCUUCUCAGAGUCCCCCUUCCGGCCGAACUUGGCCUCACCGCCCCCAGCCCCUUGCUGUGCCCAGUAAUGUCCACCCCAGCCUUCCAGCAGCUCACUCCAGGGCUUGGGGCUGUCUUCUCCUUCACCCUCACAUUCUGUCGGGAAAACCUGGCUGUUGGGAAUAUACCUUUAUGCCAAAGACUGCCACUCGGUUCUUUUCCACGACGCCUGGAUCUUGUCCCUCAUCUCAUGACAAAUCCGUGUGCUUAGUCUACAGCUUGUCCUGUCGUAUCCGUGCUGUCUCUGCUCUCGCUUCCGUGGCCGGUGCUCUGUUACUCUACCGAGACCUUCGUUGUGACUUGUGAACGAACUCGUGUCCCCAGGGAGCCCCAGCUACUCCACGUGCCGUGCGUGGGGGCAGCCAGGAAGUCAGAAGGAUGGCCGUGAACCUCGCUACAGGGAUCCCCGUGCCUUCCAAACAAGCCCCAGCCUGGGAUCCGCCAGGCCUGUCAGUUUGGGGGUUUGGGGGACCCCUGUCCAAGGCAAGCCGGCCCCGCCUCUUUUCUCCAAAGCUCCUCCUUCCUCAGGUCGCCUGCCCUGCCUCUAGGCCUCGGUCCACAAACCUGGCCACGCCCACCUGCCACCUUAUUGUCUGUCGCUUUUGUGCUGCAAAAACAGAGUUGAGUGUAUACCAUCCGACCCUUCACGGGAAGGACUCACGAGGCCUUCUGGGUCUCCCAAGUCUCCCUCUGCCCUUCUCUCACGAGGACGCUUGCCCUUGGAUUUAGGACCCAGCUCGAUUAUCCAGGGUAAUCUCAUCUGGAGAUCUUUACCCUAAAUACAUGUGCAAGGACCCGUUUUCCAAAUAGGGUCACAUCCACAGGUUCUAGGAGUUAGGAUAGGAGUCUGGGGAGCCACCAUUCAGCCCACUGUAGCUAAAUUAUAAUCAUGCUGACAGAGAUCAAUGGAACACCCCCCCCUCCCCCGGCCAGACCCUAAGAGAAAGCACGGGGAAAGCAGAAGGUCACGGCACAUGCUCCCGUGAACGGCCUCCUCCCAGCCUCCCAGGGAGCCCUGGGCUCAGGCACACGCUUCACUUCCGAGAGCGACCGGGAGCAUGGACAACAGGCGUCCUCCCCGUCCCAUCCACUGGCUUUGCCACACGCUCCCCCUUGUCCUCUGCGCCCCCAUCCUCAUAGAAUCCCCCCCCCAUGACUGUUCUCACGUCACCCAGCAGCAGGACACUUGGCACUCACUGCCCCACUCAAGGCCAGAGGACCCACUCUGUGCAAGUAAACCUCCUGUCCCACCAGUUCAGGGAAGGGGGACUGGGAGGGGGUAGACAGUGCAUUGAGUGCAUCGAGUGGCCACAGCCCAGCCUGCCCAGACGUGGUAGAAAAGCUUCAGGAACAAUGGCUGUGCGUGUGACCUCACUGAGCAGUGACCUGGGGGCUCGGACACAAGCAGGCCCACGCCCGUGGAGUCCACGGCAGCCGGCACAGCACCCGGGAACGGCCACGGAGCCACCAGACUGCCGGUUUCCAGGAGACUCCCAGGCACGACUGACCGUCCCCCCCCCAAGAGGCAGUGGCAUGUGGACAGCCUGAGUAGGACCAGCGUUCCCCACGCGGAGAGAGGGGAGGCUCCCUGUGGCUGUCACCACGGUUAAAAUUUCAAAGUGCCCCCGAACUGCCCACUCCAUGCUGGCCUUUCCAGGGGUAACGCUGUGGCUCAUUCUAGACAGAGCCCCGAGGCCGCAGCCCGGCUUGGGGGCAGGGCUUCCCUGGGAGCCAAACGGGCGGCAGAGACGAGAGUCAGCUGUGUCCCCAAGGGCUGACCAAGGGAAGCGCUUCCUGCCCCCUCGCAGUGGGACUCUCCCCAGACUGGUGUCGAAUCCACAGAGCUCGCUGGGUGCCCACGCCGACAGCUGAGUGCUGGCUCCCCGUGGCAGCAAAUAAGAGGUGGUCAUUUUCAUAUAAUAAAUUCCAUUCUUUGAAAGAGCUUUCCCGAGUCCCUUUUCUAGCAGACGGUCAUUCCAGAAGCACCUUUCCUGGAAGCUGAUUACGGGGAGGUGGGCGACCAGGGACCCUGGUGUUCAGCCAAGAGCGAGAGGAGUCCGUGGUUUCAUUACAAGUCCAAGUGGGUAUUAGAGCUAGCAUUGAAAACAUCUCUCCGGGGGCGCUCAGUCGGUAGAGCAUGUGACUCUUGAUCUCGGGGCCAUGAGUUCAAGCCCCAAGCUGGGCAUGAAGCCUACUCAAAUAAAAAAGUAAAAUAUUUCUCCAGA